CGAGACCGGGAUGAGGCGUCGGUCCGAGGCCGCGCUCACGAGUCGUUAUCGCGGAGCCGUGGCGCGCUGAGCUUACGCGCACCUCAUCCGGAGCUCCCUAGUCACGCGGACACAGGAUGAGGAUGAUGAAGGCCGUAGUCGCAGUAGCCGGUCUCCUCCUGCUGACGCUCCACGCCGCGCUCUCGGCUACCGAGGUGACGAGGUACGAGGAUGACGCGAGACUCGAGGAAGACCUGGACCUGGACAUCGAGGAGGACGAGGCCGGGCACGCCGGCAUCUCGACAUCCUUGACAAUCGACAACGGAACCUUGGUCAUCGAGCGCAGCGGUGAUCGGGAUCCUAGACCUGGCGUAACGAGCGCAAACGCAACGGAGCAGAUGUCGAUCAUCAAGGACUCGAGAGUGGCCAGCCCCGCCGACGCCACCAAUACCUCGGCUACGGAUGAGGAGAAGCCGGAACUGCUGCCCGAGGUUCGAUACGUUCUUUUUUCUUUAAACGAGCGACUCUGCCAUCUUUUUCCAUCCGAAUGCUAG